UCUGCUCCUUUUCUUCUGGCAUCCACGCCGCCCCAGAUACUGCAGGAGGAUCUGGAGGGGACUUCCGCCCCGAGCCCUGGCUCCUCCUCCACAAUGGGGCUGCUUCUCACGUCUCACCUCAUCUUCUCUUUCCUGCUGACCUGUGCAGGGGCCCAAGACGACAGUGACAAGGCGAGGGGUGAAGAGUGUGCACCCCACUCCCAGCCAUGGCAAGUGGCCCUCUUUGAGCACGGACGCUUCAACUGUGGCGCUUCCCUCAUUUCCCCGAACUGGGUGCUGACUGCAGCUCACUGCCAAACCCGCGGCAUGAGAGUGCGCUUGGGCGAGCACAAUCUGCGCAAGCGCGAUGGCCCCGAGCAACUGCGGGCUGUUGCUCGCAUCAUCCCACAUCCUCGUUACGAAGAAAGAAGCCACCGCCACGAUGUCAUGUUGCUGCGUCUCCUCCGGCCCGCGCACCUCUCUGCCAAAGUGCAUCCGAUCCCGCUGCCCACGCGCUGCCCCCGGCCCGGCGAGGCCUGUGUGGUGUCCGGCUGGGGCCUGGUGUCUGGCAAGGAGCCUGGGGCCACCGGGAGGCCAGAGUCACAAGUGAGCCUCCCAGAUACGCUGCAUUGUGGCAACAUCAGUGUUAUCUCGACUGCAUCUUGUAACAAGGACUAUCCGGGGUGCCUGUUGAACACCAUGGUGUGUGCGGGCGUGGAGGGCGGAGGCACCGACUCCUGUGAGGGUGACUCUGGGGGACCCCUGGUCUGUGGGGGUGUCCUGCAGGGCAUCGUGUCCUGGGGUGAUGUCCCCUGUGAUACCACCACCAAGCCUGGGGUCUAUACCAAAGUCUGCAGCUACUUGGAGUGGAUCAAGGAAACCAUGAAGAGGAACUGACAGUUUUGGCCUUCCACCUGUGUCCCAGAAGCCCCCGUGGCUGGCCAGCAGCCCCCUCUUGACCUGGUGACAGAACUGGGCCAUCCCCCCAAGGUCCAGAGGUUAGCCAAGGACUUGCUCAUCUGGGACCAGAGCUGGGGCUCCAGGUCACCCGCUGGAUACCAAAAUAACAGAAAGCACUGAUGCAAGUUUCUCUGUGGGAGUUUCUGUGACUUUCUUCUGGGGAUGAAGAGGAAUGGGAGCCAGAGACGAGGUGGGGAGCAUAGAGCCACCAUGCCCUCUUCCUUUUCACCCACUGCCUUGAUCCCUAGGGGAGGAAAAAGGACUUAAAGCAGGGCAGUAGGGCUCUGUUCCUUCAGCAUCUAGGACCAGCUAUUUGAUCUUGAGCAAUAGACCCAAAUUCUGUCUGCCCGUUUCCCCAUCUCAUAUUGCUGACAUCACAGGCUUGUCGUGAGGAUUAAAUGAAUUGAGGCAA